AUAUUUUCAACCACAAAAACAAAUGCAGUUGCUUGUAUACACGCGUGCACACAAUAUCUAUACGAGCAUCUUCAAAAAAUUGAGCUGACAUGUUUUUAAAUUGACUGUUGUUACGGGUGUCUUGCUAUCAUCGACUGUUGGUCAUUGACAAAAUAUUAGCCGUAAAUGUGAGCACCGUGCUAAGCUUAGGACUUAUUUAAUUAAUUUAUUUGUACCAUUAUAUAAUCGUCACAAAUAAUUCAGCUAUUCACCCAUUUAACAUGAGAACGAAGCCAAGCAUACGGACGGGUCUCAUCUUUUCGAUUAUACUUAUGCUUAUCAACAAAAAUUUGAAUUUUGAACCUUAAAUUUAGAGUUGAUUUUGGUGUUUUUUCAUCGUAGUUUAUUUUUCAGCUUUUGUUUUUAGAUCGUUUAGAACACGUAUAUAAAAGUUUUAUUCACAAAUUAUUUUUUAUUUAUAAAUAUACCGUUAGGCUUAUUCCACCAAACAGCCAAACGAUGGGCAUCACAAGAUCAUGAUUUGAUGUACCUAAAUCCUGGUCCAUUCAUUUGUGUGGAAUUGAAAUUAAAUCCUGGGUUAUACCCACAUGGAUGCAUUGAUCAACUUGGAUUUGGGUUCAUACAAAUGAUGUCUUAUCUCUGAAUCUCUGAUAUCAUUGAAGUUACCGAUAAUUCAUGUAAUUUUCACAAAGAGCAAUUGAUGGGCAUAAAGUGCCUGAGAUUUUCUUAAUUGCAUGCAACAUCAUAUUUUUCCUUCAAGCAAAAAAAAAAAAGAAAAAAGAAAAGAACAGCCAAAACAGCUCUGCAAAUGCUGUUCCUAUAACUGAUGACUGAACAAAGUCCGUACCUAUAGUUACCAUGGAAUGGGGGCCCACAUGUCAAUAUCAUAGUUUUCUUUUCUAAAUGUCAACUAAAAGAAAGAUUCGAUGAUAUUCCAUACCUCAACGGGUCCCACCUGUAAGUUUUUGUUUUCCUUUUUCUGUUAAAAAUCUCCCCCAGAGUCCUCUUUCAUACAUACUCCGAUUUCGUCCAUCUUCUUUCUAAAUCCAUUUAAAAUGAAGUCGGUAAGCACUAAGCACUGUAGUAUCUAGUAUUAGGUUGGACACCUGGGCUCACUUUGGUCGGUUCUUUGGUUUUUGUAGAUUGUGUGUAGCUGUGUAUGACUGACCAUGUCUGUCAGUAGCACGAGCAGUACAUGCGUGUGAAAGACUUUUCUAGAGCUGACUUUCUUUCAUUUGUUCUUAUUAAAUCUAAUAAUGUUCAUGGUCAAUUCGAAAGACAGUUACUAUUAUUAUCAUUACUUUUGCUGUUAUGUGCAGAACAGGUUGAGAUGAACGUAUUGAAAAGCUGCAUGGCUGACAUACCAAAUGAUUAAUUAUGUGCUUUCUUUUGUUUCUAGCCCCUUUUUUCUUGAAAACUCGUCUUUUGCAUCAAGAAACCAAGAAACCUCGUUCUACUGUAAUAGACUUUGUGCAACAUGUGAACAAGCAACAGUGACAUUUAUUGUUUAUUUUUUAACAGGCCCCCGAAUCCCAAUCAAAUCUCCCCUUAUCCAAACAUGUCCACACUGAUGAGUAUAUUCUAAUAAAAAGGUAGCAAGGCAAGAAAACGUGUAAAAAAAAUUCAAACAACCUAAGAAACAAGGUCAUCUGGUAAAGUCAAAAUCCAUCAGAGAUCAUACAUGCACUUUAUCUUGAGGAACAUACGGCAAUUGGGACAGUAUACCAACUCAACUGCUUGAGCAAAGUUUUACCAAUUCCGAAGUUACUGAUGAUGUCAAGUUUAACGCCUACCAUGUUUGUCUAUUUAAGUACCUCCAGCGAUCCUCUAGUGUUACAUUAAAUGUACACCUGUACCUUCCUGAGAAGGUCUGAGGUGUUGGUUGCUGCCUGGCUGGGUUUAUGGUGAGAAAUCUCUCUGUACUUUUACCUGAUAUUGAUCCCUGUGAUGUUUUUGGUGAUACAUUGAUCUAUGCUGUGUGAUCGUGGAUUCAGAUAUAUUAUCUUGUUUUCAUGAUGAAUGUUUAGUUAUUGUUUCUUCUUUGUAUUGAGUGUUCUGUUCUAUUUAGUUUAUUUUGCCAGUAAUCUUUGUUUAGACUUAUUCCUUGACUUUAAGCCAAUAUCUUUUUAAACUUAAGUACCCUCCCUUCUUAUUUUGUUAACUUCCAUUUAUUUUUUAAAAAAAUCUUGUGUUGAACCAGUGGACUAGGUGAUGGACGGGUCACACAACUUACUGUCCAAACAAAAUUGUCCUCAGUUUAAUGGUUAACGAAUGCUUUUGCUACCUUAAGAACAACAUAAAUCAGUCACUGAAAAUUUGUUUUUUUGAUGGAGGUCUCUGCAAAUUUCAGUUUCACUAUGUUUUUUUGUUUCUUCUUAACGGCUCUCAGCUUUCAAUGGUUUUAUAUUUGUACCUUUCGUUCCCAGCUAGCAUGCAAAGUUUCACGUGGGAGCAAGCAACUAAUGGGCUCCAAAGAAGCAUUCCGACGUAUCAUAUUCUGCGUCUUGCUUCUACUCUGUGUGAGCUGCAAAUGCUUAACCUCAGAGGUAAACACAACCCAACUGGCAGUCCUCAAGGUUGAUGCCUCACCGCAGCAUGCUCGAAAGAUCCCUGAGACACUCUUUGGGAUAUUUUUCGAGGAGAUCAACCAUGCUGGAGCAGGUGGAAUAUGGGCAGAGCUUGUCAGCAACAGAGGUUUCGAAGCUGGAGGCCCUAAUACUCCAUCGAGCAUUGACCCUUGGUCCAUAAUUGGAAAUGAAUCUGUCAUAUCAGUGGCAACUGAUCGAUCAUCAUGUUUCAGUCGAAAUAUCAUUGCUCUGAGGAUGGAGGUUCUCUGUGGUGACUGCCAAGCUGGUGGUGUUGGCAUUUACAAUCCAGGAUUCUGGGGCAUGAACAUAGAGGAUGGAAAGAACUACAGUCUUGUCAUGUAUGCUAAAUCAUUAGAAAAUACAGAGUUAACAGUUUCACUAACAAGCUCUGAUGGGUUGCAAAAUCUGUCUUCUGCUACCAUACAAGUUGCUGGUACAUCAAAUUGGACAAAACUUGAGCAGAAGUUGGUUGCUAAAGGAACAAACAGAACCUCAAGGCUUCAAAUAACAACUAACAAGAAAGGUGUCAUAUGGUUGGAUCAAAUAUCACUCAUGCCUUCAGACACGUAUAAGGGUCAUGGUUUCCGGAAAGAACUUGUAUCAAUGCUUUUGGAUUUAAAACCACAAUUCAUGAGGUUUCCUGGAGGCUGCUUUGUUGAAGGCCAGUGGUUAAGAAAUGCAUUCAGGUGGCGUGAGUCUGUUGGUCCGUGGGAGGAGAGGCCUGGACACUUUGGUGAUGUCUGGGGUUAUUGGACUGAUGAUGGCCUUGGAUAUUAUGAGUUUCUUCAGCUUUCUGAGGAUCUGGGUGCUGCCCCAAUCUGGGUGUUCAACAAUGGUUUCAGCCACAAUGAGGAGAUUAAUACCACGGCUAUUGCUCCAUUUGUAAAGGAUAUACUGGACAGCCUAGAAUUUGCAAGGGGAAGUACCAACUCAACAUGGGGCUCUCUUAGAGUUGCAAUGGGGCAUCCUGAACCAUUUCCAGUCAAAUAUGUUACAAUUGGAAACGAAGACUGUACAAAAAAAUUUUACCAUGGUAAUUACCUCAAGUUCCAUCGUGCUAUAAGAGAGGCUUAUCCAGACAUUCAAAUCAUCUCAAACUGUGAUGGUUCAUCUAAACCACUUGACCAUCCUGCUGACAUAUAUGACUUCCAUGUCUACGGGGAUUCUAAUACUUUGUUUUCUAUGAGGAACAAAUUUGACAGCACGCCUCGGAAUGGGACAAAGGCCUUUGUCAGUGAGUAUGCUGUUUCAAGUAAUGGUGUAGGUAGAGGAACUCUUCUUGCCUCACUGGCUGAGGCUGCUUUCCUCACUGGACUGGAGAAGAAUAGUGAUGUUGUUCAGAUGGCCAGCUAUGCACCGCUCUUCAUGAAUGAUAAUGAUCUCUCGUGGAACCCAGCUGCUGUCGUCUUCAACUCAUGGAAACAGUAUGGAAGUCCUAGUUACUGGAUGCAGACAAUUUUCCGCGAAUCGAGUGGUGCUGUGCUGCAUCCAGUGACAAUCAACUCCAUGUAUUCUAAUUCAUUAGCAGCUUCUGCAAUAACCUGGAAAGCCAGUAACAGUAGCUUCUUGAGAGUGAAGAUUGUAAACAUUGGGUCCAACCCUGUGAACCUCAUAGUAUCCACAACUGGUCUUGAAGCUUUGGUCAAUAUGCGGAAAUCAACAAUCACUAUUCUCACAUCCAAAAAUCUGUCAGACGAAAAUUCAUUCAGUAAACCCACUAAUGUCGUGCCGGUUACAAGAGAACUACCCAAUGCUGGAGAAGAGAUGUUUGCUUUCCUUGGUCCUUACUCAUUUACUUCAUUUGAUCUUGCUCUCGGCCAGCAGAAACAUGUUUCCUAAACGAUGUUAUGGGCGUUUGCACGGGUGUGUGAGUAUGUGUGUUUUCCAUGUAAAGCCUUAUCCGUUUAAUCCCCAUCAGGAAGAGAUUGGUGAGGAUUAAACGAACAAGGCCUAAUUGGGGAAAAGUCCCCACGAAAUCAUGGAAGUGAUGUAUUAACAGGCUGAUCAAUAUGAGAAUCUUGAGAUUAUGCCAUCCUCAGAAGUGGGCUUCACGCAAAUGCCACUUAAAAGGGAUUUGAUAAAAUACCACUUUCAAUUAA